CUCUCUCUCUCUCUCUCUCUCUCUCUCUCGUUUCUUCUUCUUCAGAAUUUUUCUCAGUCUAAUCCACCAUGGACGACUUGGAGUCAGUAGGCCAUGGAAGAACCAGCUCCCGCUGCUGCUUCUGCAUCCCUUCCUCGUCGCAGUGGUGGGACCGGGCUCGUAACGACGACGGAUGGUGGUCCCGAGGCAUGAGGGCCAUUUACAAGGUCCGCGAGUGGUCCGAGAUCGUCGCCGGACCCAAGUGGAAGACUUUCAUCCGCCGUUUUAAUCGGAGCAGGAGCGGCGGCGUCGGCGGCAGGCACGGCAAGUUCCAGUACGAUCCUUUGAGUUACGCUUUGAACUUCGACGAGGGACCGGUGGCGGAGGAGGAGGAUGAGUCCGGCGGGUUUAGAGAUUUCUCUGCCCGGUUCGCUCCGGUGAAGAGCUCCGACGCGGCGUGAAAAUCGCGCCGGAUUUUUGGUAUGAUUGGAUUUGCCCGGCUGGAUUGGACACUCGUUGAGCUGGAAAUGGCUGGUCGGUUUGACCGGGAUUGUCUGACGUGGCGCCGUCACUUGGAUUUUUUUAAUAUGUUUUAGCUUUCUCUCGGAAGCAAAUUUGUACAAAUCCAAAUGUGAAAUAGAAGAUAAUUAUUAUAAUGAAGAUGCGUGUGGGGGUUUAUAGGGUAAUCAAUCAAUUAAUAAAUAUCUUUAUUUUUGCC